CUUUUAGGUAUAACCAUUUGCUAUAUAACUUUAUUAUAGAAACCGAAAAGAAAUACCUCUAUAAAAUAAGCAUGUUGAAAAUACCUCAAGUCGGGUUUAACUCUAUGCUGAAGAAAGGCGCUCAGUCUUUUUCUGGACUAGAAGAAGCCGUUUUAAGAAACAUUAAUGCCUGCAUAGAGCUUACUGAAUUAACAAGAACUUCCCUGGGCCCUUUUGGCAUGAAUAAAAUAAUUAUUAACCAAAUUGAAAAGCUUUUUGUUACUAAAGAUGCUUCCACCAUUGUUAAAGAAUUAAGUGUUGAGCAUCCUGCCGCCCGUAUCAUUGUUUUGGCUUCCCAGCAGCAGGAUCGUGAAAUUGGGGAUGCUACCAACUUUGUUAUUAUUUUUGCUGGUGAACUAUUAAAGCAGGCAUUAUCACUUUUUCAGUUGGGCUUGCAUCCCAACGACGUUAUCACCGGGUUUAACGACGCUUGUGAAAAAGCACUUACCAGUCUUGGAGACUUGGAGUGUUACAGAUUAAAAAACUUCAAGGAUGUGGACGAAGUCGCCAAGUGUUUGAAAACUUCUAUUGGAAGCAAGCAGUACGGCUAUGAAGAUUUCCUUGCCCGACUGGUGGCUCGUGCGUGUGUAGACGUCUGUCCUGCCUCACACCAGCGCUUUAAUGUUGAUAACAUCCGCGUCACGAAGAUCCCUGGUGGUAGCAUCCUGGACUCAAGCAUCGUUAACGGUAUGGUCCUCCAGCGCGCCGUCGAAGGCACCAUCACCCACGUGGAGGACGCGGUUGUUGCCGUCUAUUCCUGCCCAGUGGACAUUUCCAGGACCGAAACAAAAGGAACUGUUCUUAUUAGGACAGGAAAAGAACUAGAAAAUUUCAGUAAUAACGAAGAAGCAGCGCUGGAGCAAAUUAUUCGGGAAAUUAGCCUUUCGGGCAUCAAUGUGGUGGUCACUGGUAGCCAGAUAGGAGAUAUGGCUCUUCACUUUUGUGAAAAAUACUGUAUAAUGGUUGUCAGGGUCCAAUCAAAGUUCGAUCUUCGGAGAUUAAGUAAUGCCAUUGGCGCCACUCCACUUGCCCGGCUGGGGGCCCCCAUGGCGGAGGAGGUCGGGCGCUGUGACAGCAUUAAAUUGACGGAAAUUGGUGAUGAAAAUGUUGUGCUCUUCAGCCAAAACAAAUCCACUGUAGUCUCCACCAUUAUUUUGAGGGGCGCCACCUCCAACAUCUUGGACGACACCGAGAGAGCCAUCGACAGUGCUGUCAACACGUACAAGCAGCUUAGCAGGGACGCCAGGAUGAUUCCGGGGGCCGCUGCUUCGGAGUUGGAACUGGCAAGAAUGGUUAACCAAUACGGCACGAGCAUUUUGGGUCUUAGUCAAUACGCCGUCAAGAGUUUUGCCAAAGCAUUUGAGGUCAUCCCCACAACGCUGGCCCACAACGCAGGAAAAAAUUCCUCUGAGCUGCUCUCAAAGAUGCACGCCGUUCACAGCAGUGGAAGCGUCUGGGAUGGCUUGGAUGUUAAUGAUGAUGGCGUUUCCCUCUGCAAUGCGAAAGACGUUGGCAUUCUCGACCUUCUGAUCGCUAAACAUUAUGCAAUUCGGUUAGCCACAGAAGCAGCCACUACCAUUCUGAGCAUUGAUCAGAUCAUAAUGGCCCGGAAGUCGGGCGGCCCCAAGCCGCGUGACAACCCUAAUUGGGACGAAGACUAAAAUAAACACAACUCUCAUGCUUUUA